AUGGAUGCUAACCAAAAGUUCGAUGAGGCUACUCAACGUGAGCUCCAGGCAUUCAUCGAGCAAGAACAAGCCAAGGCUAGAGUGCAAGCUACGACUCACCAACUGACGGAUAUGUGCUGGACCAAGUGCAUAACCGGUAGCGUUUCCACACGAUUUUCUAGCUCAGAGGCCUACUGCCUCCAAAACUGCGUAGAUCGUUUCCUCGACACUAGUCUAUUCAUCGUCAAGAAGCUUGACGAACAAAGGAGAAGCAUGCAGGGGGGGCAGUGA